CGUUUUUAUCGGUGCGUUUGCGUUGUUGUUUAUGUGUAAGUGGAUACAGGCAGAUAAAAGUGGAUGUGGUGUCUUAGCAGGCAGAGUGGUGGGCGGUGAAAGCGGCUGAUUGAUGAUUAGAUUUACGGUGUGGAUCACGGCGGGGAGAGAGGAUGACUCACUCCGUCUGAUGUGAUGUUCACCCCGCAACAGCAUCUCGGCAGUGCGGUGGCACGCCGGUAGUUCAGCAUGACAUGUCGGUGUGCUCCACCAAUAAAAGUCAAACUUUAUCCAACUGUUUGGAUGACAUACAUACAAUGUUAUUUAAAACUUGAGUGACCGUCGCUGGGUAUUUAGAGAGAGACUGAGCGUCGUGAUUUACCGUAAAUUUCGUGACGCCUGAUUGCCAUGGAAACAGUGCUUCUGUGCUGAGAGGAAACUGUCCGCGUUAACUUCAGCAUCAACCUCUCCAACGGGGUCGGAUAAACCUGUUGGGUAUCUCACUGUUUAUUUAUUUUUCUUGUGUUGCUGCUCUGGCUUUACUUCCCAUUUUUAUUUAUCCAGAAACCAGGUAAGGAUGAUGGAGCUCCAAACGGAGAAGAGAUUCCACAACUUGACCCUUGCGCAAGUCCAAGCUCUGGACAAGAUGUUGACAGAGGUAAUCCCGAUCCAUGGACGAGGAAAUUUUCCCACACUGCAGGUGAGAGCAAAAGACAUCAUACGUGUGGUGAAGGAUCGUCUGGUUGAAAGAGACAUUCAGGUGAAAGAUAUACGCCUUAAUGGUGCGACUGCCAGCCAUGUCCUGGUGAGGGAUAAUGGCCUGGGCUAUAGCGAUUUAGACAUCAUUUUUGGAGUGGAGCUGCCCAGACAGGAGGACUUUCAAGUGAUUAAGGAGGUGGUACUGGGCAGCCUACGAGACCUCCUCCCUUGUGGAGUUAACAGACGGAAGAUUACUUGCCUGACAAUGAAGGAAGCAUAUGUGCAAAAGAUGGUGAAAGUUUUCAAUGAGCAUGACAGAUGGAGUCUUAUCUCACUGUCUAACAACAGAGCAAAAACUGUGGGGCUCAGGUUUGUUAGUUCGCUUCGAAGACAGUUUGAGUUCAGUGUGGACUCCUUCCAGAUAAUAUUAGAUCGCAUGCUGGAGUCCUACUGGGAGACUGAAAGGAAACAAGGAGGAAAGUUGGCAUUGAAUGCUGGGAAUUUGGCUAAAAGCGACAAUGAGGAUGAAAGCAAAAAGCAAUCUAAUUUGAGCAAUCCUCAAGAUUUUGAAGAGGAUGUUGACAAAGACUCAGUAAUGGCAACUGGUGGAGAAAGUCAGCGUCCAGAUAAAGCAGUUUCUGUGCUUGAGAAAGAGCUUCCACAUACAAAGACUGAGCAUGUUGACGGAAAGCAAAAUGCACAGCAAGUAUUAGAACCAGAGAGCAGUAACUUACAGCAGGAGGAAGAGGAAGCGGAUGGCAUCGAGGACGUUCACUCAGAGGAGGACAUUGUGUUUGAGUUAUGUGAAGAAACCGGAGAAGAGAAAGAACAUUUUCAAAGUGGUUAUCCUUUAGUUUCAUCACCUAAAACUGUAUUUACAGAGAUCAGGGAUCCGCUGAUGACACGUGCAUGUUUAAAGCUACAGAGUAAUGAAGAGCUACGUGAGUCACAAGCUUCCCAGCCAGUGUCUGUAACGCAUAUAGAAAAGUCAACUCCACAGGAAAUAGUUCAUUGUGAAGAAAUUACUCAGUUCAAAGUAGACUCUGUAAUCUGCAAGACUGAAAAUACAUUAGACCUACAAGAUUCACAUAUUGAAUUCUCCUUCCCUCCCCCAGCUAAGAAAACCUGCAGCACAUCACAGGACGUUGUACCAGACUAUUGCCCCUCACCAAAAUUACAAAGAAAAAUGUCACGAAAGAUGAUCAGUAAGCCUGAAAAAUGGUCUUUGCUGACUGAUUUGUCAGAUCUUACAACACAGCUGUUUCCACCCAUAGAAAUACCCAAACCUCUUCAGCCAAAGUCUCCUGCACUGGAUAGUGUUCAAGUUCAUUGCUCAAAUGUACCAGACACCAAGUUGGAGAACUUGGAGGGUACAAAUGCUCUUACAGUUCCCACAAACAGUUCAGCCAGUGCGCUUCAGGAUGGGACUGGAUCAAAUGAAAGUGGAGAACAAACUGUUAAGGCAAAACACUCAAAGAAGCCCCCUGAUUCAGAGACUCACACAUGUGCAGCGAACAUCGCCACACAGCCACAGGUUGAUGACCUGACAGACACUGUCCCAAACAGCUGUGGGUCAAGCUCAUGGACCGGGGCAGCAGGGGAGCCCACCAUCACUGUUGAAGCAGAGUGCAUGUACGGAGACUUUGAGCAGGCGAUGCACCACCUUCGCCACCGCCUCAUCGGCACCCACAACCCAGAGGAGAUUCGAGGGGGCGGUCUGCUAAAAUACAGCGACCUGCUGGUGAGGAACUUCAGGCCAGCCAGCGAGACAGAGAUUAAGUCCUUGGAACGAUACAUGUGCUCCCGCUUCUUCAUUGACUUUCCUGAUGUAAGCGAGCAGCAGCGGAAGAUCGAGGCCUACCUGCAGUGCCAUUUCAUUGGCAGCGAGGAGACAAACAAGUAUGACUACCUGAUGACCCUGCGACGUGUGAUAGAUGAAAGCACGGUGUGCUUGAUGGGACAUGAGAGGAGACAGACGCUAAAUAUGAUCACAGUCCUGGCUCUGAGGGUGCUGGGCGAGCAGAACGCCAUCCCCAACACAGCCAACGUUACCUGCUUCUAUCAGCCGGCUCCGUACAUGACGGAGCCGAUUUACAGCAGCUACUUCAUCACCCAGGGCCAGCCCCCACUCGUCUACCACCCCUACCCUCUACAUGUCCACAUGCAGACUGGCCUGGUGUAGCUACAGUGACAUGCCCACAGGGAGGCAUGUAGGCUUUCAGCAUGGUGCUCUGCAAGCAGAGGCACAAAUGGAAGUUUUAACAACAACAAGCAACCACAGGCGUAGUGUUGUUUAAUGCUUUGACAUCCCUCCUGCUUAGGACAUGAAAGAUCAUAAAAGGUCAGAAUUGAAAGGGGUCUGGAGGCAAAGCUUGUCACCCUUUCAAGAUGAAGACUUUUGAAAAGGAAAGAAAUGCUCGGAGCCCACUUUUUCAGAGAGCUCAGAGAGAGAAUUUAAUUGAAGUAGGGACUUUGUUUACUGCCAUUUCAGCUCAGUUUUGGCAGGGCACUGGUCACACUCCCCUGUUGAGGAGAAUGUUGCAAUGUGAUAAUUCUCUAUAGCUACAAGCUCAAGUCAUAAAAAACAUAAUUUCUGAAACACCUGUUGGCAACAAAAUUCUUAGCUUGGGUGUUUGAAGUUUGAAUAAUGAUAAAUUGUUUCUGAGGGGUUAAACCCCCAUAUGGCUUUUUUUGUGAACCAUCAUUCUCUGUAGAGUAAAAUUCAGUACUGUCUAUACUUGUGUAUUCACUGUAUAGAAAUAGGAUAUCAGACAUACAUGAGCAAAAUUUGCUGUGAUAUUUCCAUGAUGUCAUACGUUUUGUAAUUGUGAAUAUAAACACCUAAUUUCAAAGGUAAAAGCAAGAGAUCCCAGGUUCACUUCUAUUAGGGGUUUUUCCAACACUUUGGAUGGUGAGGACAACUGAAGCAUGUUUCACUUUGUAAAAAAAAAGAAGAAGAAAAGUUCAUAAAAAACCAUCUCUAUUUCUUGUUUCUUGUUUAACUAGCAACAGAAGCAAAAACCAACCAUCAACUCUAAACAGAUUUUGAUUCUGAUUUGUUCAUAUAAAUACGUGGCAUCACCUUUUUCCAACACCACACCAUCUACUUCAAACCAGUGAGAAAAAACCAACAACAACAAAAAUCUCUCAUGACAAAAACCGUUGGCACAAAAAUAACUGUUAAUGUAGGAGCCCAUCACUCAUCAUAAAAAGGUGAAAAUAUGUUUUCGGGGCCUUUAAUCUUUUCUUUGAACAUUUAAAAAAUGAUUACAUAAUGUAAAGAAAAGCUGAAAAAUGACAGAAACCCAUAAAACACACUUCCCUGUUUAUGUCCUGUAAAUUUUCGUAUUCCUCAUCAGAGAAACAUCCCAAGGAAUCGCCUCCGGAUGACAUUAUGAAAUAAGCCUCGGCUGUCGUGUCAUUAAUUUUGAAUAAAAUAUGUUCACAUGUUAAUAUGUUACAUGGUGACAGUUGUUUGUUGUAGUGGACGUAGUGAAUGUCAGUUCUGUCCGGAUUUUGCCUGCCACUUUGUGCCAAAAUGUUACUGCACAUUUGAGUUGUUUGAGCAGUCUACAAUGCAGCCAGCAGUUAUUGCACUCUGUCCCUGUAUGUUUGUUUAUUGUGUAUGCAUAGCUACAGUACAUGUAUUUAAAAAAAGACAAUUUAAGCACAGGUUUGGAUAUGUGGGCUGCUCACACUAAAUCUGAGACUGAAGCACAAUGUAAAUGCACAUAGCUGUUGUUGAGUAGAUAAGGUGUUUCAGACAUGCUUGUGAAUCUCCAAUUACAUAUUGAAGACAUCUAGAAUACCAUGCGCAGUAGUGCCCUAUGCAGCUUUUAAGUGAUGUAUCUAUCUUGAAACUCUGGGUAUGUUGUGUAUCGUUAAGGAACUGUUUCACCAGUAGAGAAUGUCAGAUAUUCCUGUUGUGAUAUCUAGUUGGUCAGAUUGUUGUGUUAUUGUGAUAAUAAAUAUAACACAACUGCU